AUGUCACAGUCACGCCCUACAUCACAAUUGCCCGGACGAACGAGAUCGCGCUCUCCCACUUCGAGACCAACAACUCCUCUCCGGCCUUCGUCUCGCUCCUCAUUACGUGCCUCCAUCCACCAGAAUAACGGAGUGUUCACAGGGCCUGGGCUGCCACUCGACUCCCUAGAGCCGCAAUUUGCGGAGUUGAGUGACUCAAUGGCUGACCUGGAGGCGAAUUUGAUGCAUUUACAACUGAUGCACGAGAGUCUCAGUCGGUUCGGGGAGAGCUUUGCUAGCUUUUUGUACGGGUUGAAUAUGAAUGCCUUUGUUGUUGAUUUUCCAGAGGCUCCAAUCACAGAGUCAAUUAAGCGUUGGCAAAAGCGUCAGCAGGGAGGCCAGGGAGUUCUGGAUGAUCAGUCGACAACGGUGCAAAACAAUACCACUGGUGAUACUCGACCCGGCGACGGGGGUGGCGACGCCACUUUCAUGACUGCAGCGGAUGCAAGUUUCGCAAGCCUAAAGGCAACUCCACGUCGUAAAAGCAUGGCCCCGUCAAUAACACCCGGCACUUCCUCGACUAUCAAACAGAACCAUCAACCUGCCGGCCGUGGAGGCGCCGCUGCGGGAAUGCGAGGAGGUCGAGGCACUGUCGGCCCCCGGGGGUCAAGAGGAAGCGGUCUACCACGCGGUCGAGCGAGGGGGAGCAAGUAG